GCGCGUUGGUGGGAGGCCUCACGGAGGGCGCGCCCGGAGGAAGCAAGGCAGCUGCAGGGAAGCUCGAAGCCAAGAUGGAGGCUGCUAGUUGCUCCGCCGCCGCGGCAAACGGGGCCGUGGGCUCGCAGCGGGACCGGAGCCUGGUGCCUGAGCGGCUGCAGAGACGGGAACAAGAGCGGCAGCUGGAGGUGGAAAGGCGGAAGCAAAAGCGGCAGAACCAGGAGGUGGAGGAGGAGAAGAGCGACUUUUUCGCCGCCGCCUUCGCUCGGGAGCGAGCGGCCGUGGAAGAGCUUCUGGAGAGCGGGGAAUCCAUGGAGCAGCUGGACGAGGCGGCCGCUCGGCUCCAGGGCCUGCAGAAACUUGUCAACGACGCGGUUUUGUUCCUGGCCGCCUACGACCUGCGGCAGGGACAGGAGGCGCUGACGCGGCUGCAGGCGACCCUGGCCGAGCGGCGCCAGGAGCUGCAGCCCAAGAAGCGUUUUGCUUUCAAGACCCGGAGGAAGGACGCUGUUUCGGCCACCACGGUAGACGCAGCUCCCGGCCCCGCGGCGGCCGAAGGCAUCCUGGCCUUCCCGCCGCCAUUGAAGGAGGAGGGAGGAGGCAUCGGCUCCGGCUUUGUCUUCGGCUUCUCCAAUGUGGAGUCCCAAGUCUUGGAGAAGCGGGCGGAGGAGCUGCACCAGCGCGACGUCCUUUUGACCGAACUGAGCAAGUGCACAGUCAGACUGUAUGGUAAUCCCAAUACCUUGCGACUAGCCAAAGCCCGAGGCUGCACGCUGCUCUGCGGCCCGGUGUCCACUUCUGUGUUCCUGGAAGACUGCAGUGAUUGCGUGCUGGCCGUGGCCUGCCAACAGCUCCGCGUACACACUACGAGAGACACCCGCAUCUUCUUGCAGGUGACCAGCAGAGCCAUCGUGGAGGACUGCAGCGGGAUCCAGUUCGCCCCUUAUACCUGGAGCUACCCGGGGAUCGACAAGGACUUCGAGGGCUCUGGCUUAGAUAGGAGCAAAAAUAACUGGAACGACAUUGACGACUUCAACUGGCUGGCCCGGGAUACGGCCUCCCCAAACUGGAGUAUCCUUCCUGAAGAAGAACGAACGGUCCAGUGGGACUAAGCCCUUGUCACUGCGUUCUUCACUCCUACCAAAUACUUCCCAUGUGGGAUCGGCUCCUGCUAAUGGGACUUCAGAGUUUACUUACUGUUUUCAUACUUUGUAUAUUUUCAGUAUUUUAAAGCCUGAGAUUGCGUAUAGGCUCCUACUUGCGCUUUCCAUUAAAUUCACGACAGGUUUAACACUUUGAAACAUUUUUGCUAUUUCGGUAAUGUGUAAUAGCUUUUAUUUGAUUAUGGUAGUUUGAAGCAGUAAGAGGAAAAGUGUGGGUGUGUGUUGGUUAUUAAUGAUCUGUGGUGUUUAAUACGUACUGCAUGAUAAAGUAGGUCUUCAAUAAAUAUUUAAUAAGUGAAUUUGAUAGGGUGUUAGUAGGAGUCAGUUAAUGUAAAGUACGGCAUCAAACCUGUGCAAAACUAGUGAUUGAGAGCUCUUGAAUUGAAGGUUUGACUUCUGUAGGUAUUACUCAGUAGGGUGGUGGAAAACUCGUCUUCAGGUACACAUUAGCCUGGGUUUCUGGAAUCCAGCUGCUUACUCAUCAACCCCAGGAGGCUCAUGAGUCUUACCAACUGAAAAGCCAAAAUAAUUAUAGCUACCAGGUUUUUUUUUUUUUUUUUUUUUUUUUUUUGGUGCCCUUAAAAGGUCAUAGAUACUGUUCUAAACACCAUACUCAUGUCAACGUGACUAAGUCCAGAAAAUCUUAUGAGGUAGGUUCUGUUAACACCAUUUAUCAAGUGAAGUAGUUGAGUCACUGGAGUCACACAGCUCAAGUGGACUGGGAUUUGAAACCAGAUAGUCUGGCUCCAGAGUCCACCUUUGCAACCACUAUAAACUGAUUUUGAAUAGUGUUCAUUGAGUUGGAAAUAGAUCUUCCAAUGUCAUUAAAGAGGACAAAUUGUUUUUCCGAAUUUCUCAGGAAUAAAUAUGCUACAUAUUCUCACACAAAAA